AUGCCGCUCCCUGCUGGGUCCAUGGCAGAAGUCCUCCGCCGCUGGAGGAAGCACAAGUUCAGCAUGUAUUUAUUCCUCGGGUGUAUCCUAGGAAUCGCCUUACUAGCUACUGCGACGCUUACCAUACCCUUGAGUGAAGAAAACAUCAGUUAUCGACCGACGCGGCCUCCGUCGUAUCCUUUGGCUGUCAGGAACCCCUACCUCUCAACAUGGAUGCCCAGCGACCAAGUCCAUACUCUGCCGUACGCAGAGCCGCAGUUCUGGGCUGGGCAGAGUCUCUCAUGGUCGGUAAUGGCGCGGGUUGACAACCGAACAUACAGUUUGAUGGGCAUCACGAACCCCGGGGAUAGAAUUCAUCCUGCCGCCGUGCGUACUGCGGAAUAUACUGCCACUCAUUCGAUCUUCAAGCUUGCUGCUGGCUCAUUGGAUUUUACAUUGGACUUCUUCUCUCCAAUAUCUCCGUCCAACUAUCUGCGGCAGUCUCUUCCGUUCAGCUACUUGACUGUCAACGUUUCUGGUGCCGAUGCGAAUAACGUCCAAGUGUAUACUAGUAUUGAUGGAAGAUGGACUGGAGUAGAGCAGAGCACUGUCCGCGACUUUCAUCGCGAGGGAACUACUCUAGCCUACUCCCUUAACGUGAAGGAUGCGAUUCCCUAUACAGAGAAUAGUGAUAUGGCCACCUGGGGAGAAGCAAUACUUUCGUCGCGUCAAAUCCCGCAGUCCGAGCUUUCCUUUUCGUCGGGGAGGCGCGGAAGAGUGCGUUCCCAUUUCGUCAAUAACGGCAGGCUAUCCCGCAGCGACGAGCCCUGGGCUCCUGGUGGAAUUGUUGCGUUCUCCCAUGACCUUGGAACUGUCAGUGGCGAACAAUCCGUGAACUUCGCUGUUGGCUAUGUGAGGGAAUCGGCUGUAAACUAUCUAGGAAAGCCUUACACAGGAUACUAUAGGGCUCAUUACCCCAACACCUACAAGGCGUUGUCGCAUUUCUUCGAUGAUUACCCAGCUGCGGUUGUUGAAUCGAAGAUUGUCGAUUCUGAAAUGGAUGCUCAAGCGGCCGUUGCAGGGGGAAGUAAAUACGCUGAUAUUGUCUCACUUUCGGCCCGCCAGGCCUGGGGAGGAAUUGACCUUACCAUCCCCAACGACUCACUCAACGAAACUGAAGUUCUGGCCUUCGUUAAAGAGCUCUCUAGCAAUGGCAACCUGAACACGGUCGACGUCAUCAUGCCUGCAUUUCCCAUUUAUUACAUUAUGGAUCCGGACUAUAUCCGUCAUCUGCUAGAGCCGAUGAUGCGGUACCUCGCGGCUGGUCGUUGGCGGCUGCCAUAUACUAUCCACGAUAUGGGCACGCACUAUCCCAAUGCCAUUGGACACGAUGACCAAAAAGCAGAGCCGAUGCCCAUUGAAGAGUGCGGCAAUCUGAUGGUCCUCGUUUUGGCCUAUACGAGGGCAACAGGAGAUAGAGCCUGGGCUAAUCAGUACAUCGACAUCCUGACGAAGUAUGCAGAUUACCUGGUUGAGAACAGCAUCGACAUUGAGUUGCAGCUAUCCUCUAACGACGCUGCCGGACCGCUUGCCAAUGAGACGAACCUGGCCAUCAAGGCAGCAGUUGGGCUCAAGGCAUUCGGCGAGAUAAGCGGACUGAGCGAGUAUGCGCGUGUUGGUGAAGAGCGUGCCAACCUCUUCUUCAACCAAGGACUAGGGACAGACGGAACAAGGUCUCAUUUCGUGUUGCAAUAUCCCGAUAAGCCUACCUCAUGGAAGACCCCGUACAACCUAUACCCAGACGUGCUGUUCAACCUCAAAACAUUUCCCAGAGAAGCAUACCAGAUGGGAAAUACGUUUUUCAGAGAGGUCCGGUCAGAGUAUGGGGUUCCGCUGGACAACCGACAGGACUGGGCCAAGUCUGACUGGAACAUGUGGUUAGCGGGCACCUUUGACGAUGAAACCACUCGUCGGGAGUUCAUUGACGAUCUGUGGGCGUUCGUAUCUAAUGGUAAACACAACUGGCCAUUCUCCGAUCGCUAUGUUGCCACAUCAGCCAAGGGUCGAGAACCUGGCCUUCCUGUUCUGUGCCGCGCGCGACCGACCGUUGGUGGCCACUUUGCCUUGAUGGCCUUACAGGGACCAAAGUUUCUCCAAAUUGCUGUCAACAGCAAGCUCGAAGAGACAUUGCGAGCGACUUCUGACGGGUUCCCCGAGGAAGUGAGAGAGGAUCUUUAG